UCAAAUUGAUAGUGCGACGAAGUCGAAAAAAAUACAAAAAUGCGCGACCCAUGUGGAAGUGCGUUGUUGUGAAGUGAAAUUAAAUACAAAAUGAAGGACGACACAGAGACGAAAGCGCUUCAUAAAGACUCUAAAGUGACUGCUUCUGUCUUAGAAGCCUUUGACUUGCUUAAAGCUCCAAAGGAUGACGAAAAAAUAACAGGCGGUGCCAAAAUUGUUACACAGUUACAGAGUAGUGAGAAUGAGAAAGAUGUUCAAUAUGUAUUGAAGAGGUUAGUGCGGAGUUUGGGCGCGAAUGUUCCAGAGGUGAGAACGGGUUACUUUGCCACCCUCGUGGCGUUGCUGACGAAGUUUGACCAGAUAACCAUCUCCCAAGUGUUUGAAUUGGCCAAGAAAGAAUUACAUGCUAAUGGAUCAUCCAAAAGUGAGGUUGGUGAUGUGGCACUGGGACAGAUCCUGGUGUGCGGAGCAGCAUUCCGGUCAGGUUUACUGCUCAGGAGCUCCGAGGAAGAGCAAAAGGAAGCCCUAAGCCUGCUCAUGGCAGCCAGCAAAAAGAAAUCAUACCUCAGCACUGCUGCUUAUUUGAUCCUGCUCGAUCUAAUCAAUGGACUAGAAGAAGACAAAUUUUCAUCCCUGAUCUGGCCUCAUAUCAAGCAAGAAUUCAAGAAAGAUGUAAAGGAGCAAUCACUUGACUCACUCUACUUUCUUCUGAUGGUCAGCAAGAAGUUCCCUGGUAAGGUGAAGUUGAGGAAACUGAUUGGGGUUCCAGAGAUACUCUGUGAAGAAAAUAUACAUGAAGUCUGCGAGAAGAUUAUGGGAGGCAUAGACUUCAACUCAGUCAGUCAUCCAAUCUUCAAAGAAAUUGGCACUGGCAUGGCCAAUUCACCACAUCUUAAAGUUUUCUGGACUUCGGGCAUUGACAGCCAACUAACUAAACACAACAGAAAUAGAGAAUUAGUGGCUAUCAAUCUUCUCACAACUAUCCUGACCAAUAUUCAGGACAAUGUUGAAAUCAUACCAGAAUUGCUUAGUAGGAAUUUCUUCAAACUCUUCAUGGAUUGGUUCAAAGGUCUCCAAACCGCCAGCAAGAUCAGAAACAAACGCGACAAUGAAGAUGACAACAAAAUCAUGAUCAAGAAAGAGAAGGAACUCCUCAAUGCGCUGGCUAAGUCUCUAAAAUUAGAGAAGGUUGACAGCAACAUCAGGGUUGAAACACUAAAGAAAUUGUUAUUUAAUCCAGGAGAAAUGAAUUUCACCGAGAUUACAGGGACAAGUAUUGUGAAAUCAAUCAUUGCUGACUUAGACAAAGAUGGUCUAAAGAUAAUGGCUAAAUUGUUCAAAGGAGUUCUGUUGAAUACCUCCAAGAAAGUUAUUAAAGAUGAUGUGGAGAGAAGUUGGUACAACAACGAGAGAGUGAAGGCUGCUGAGUUACUAUCAUAUUUAGUCAGUCAUGAGGCAGUGAAAGACGACACAGAGUUUAAACUGACUUACAUGAAACUACUUAUGUGUUUAGGAUUUUUCAAAAUUGGCGGAGACAAUAAUGUUGCUGUUAGUAAUGAGUUGUCAGGUUCCAUCAAAUCCUGUUUCUACCGCUGCUUCACAUCACGUUUCUCCAGUGUCGACAACUUGGUAACUGUUCUGUCGUCGCUCAGCAACUUUAUAUGCAGUAUACUUCAAAAAGAAGAGGUUCGCACCAAAAUGGAAAAACAAUUCCCUGAAGAAAACAUGGAUUGCUGGGAAAUGGUUACUGAAAUUUGUCAGAACAUAGAGAAGAAUGAAGCCAAAUCUAAAGUGGAUAAAGUAUUUCUGAUACUGCUUUAUCAACUUGGGUUGUUUCUAUUCUCAGAGCCCACUCACGUCAAAAUGGCAAAGAGCUCAAUAAAGGAGUUAAAGAGUUGUUACGAGCAUUAUAGGAAAAGUAAGAAAAAGAAAGUUAAGAAACCUGAAGGAGAUUUGACAGAUGAACCAGAAUGGAUAGAGGUGCUAGUUGAGGUCCUACUGUCGAUAUUGUCAACAGAGUCUAGUGUUCUGCGCUCGGUAGUUCAAUGCGUGUUCAGACUACUGUGGGAGUACCUGACGCCUUCGUCAAUUGGGCAGAUAGUAUCCGUGUUAGACCCAGACAGUGAGUCAAACCCACUGACUAACGAAAGCGAGUCAGAAGACGAUGAAUCCGAUGAGGAAGAUCAAAAAGACUCUGAUCAAGAAGAGAGCAAUGAAGAAAACGAAAGCGAUAGCGAAGUAGAAGAUAAUGAUGACGACGAAGAGAUGAAAACUCCGGACCAAUUGAGAAUGGCUGUUCAAAAAGCUCUAGGCGCUAACGCCAUCGAGUCUGAUGCCGAAAGUAUAGACGCGGACAUGAUCGAUGAGGAAGAAGGCAAAAAACUAGAUGAGGCCUUAGCAGAAGCAUUCAAACAAUUUCAUCAAGGAAAGGGUAAAAAAGUUAAGAAAGAGAGAAAAAACAAAAAGGCUCUCUCGGACUUCAGAAUCAGAGUUCUCGAUCUAGUAGAUAUCUACCUUGAAAAGGACCCAGCAAUGGAUAUUUGUCUUGGCAUGAUUGCACCUUUAACACGAUGCCUGGAAUUCUGCCUUACAGAUAACCAAUUUGCCGAAUUAGGAAACCGUGUGCGGAAAACAAUAAAAUUUUUGACAAAGAUUAGAAAAUUCUCUUCAACAGAUAAUGUUAUUAUAGACACUUUGUGUGAUUACUUAAAGUCUGCUAUUGAAAAGGGUUCGCGAUCUCACUUCAUGUAUCAAGCUUUAGGUGACGUUAUCACACACUACGCAACCUUCAUCAUACACUGCGCUCAGAAGAUAUCUCCUCAGGAGACCAAAAAACCAAAAUCACCUAAAAAAGGCAAACUUGCGUCGCCCCUAGAGGAAAUCUUCAAAGAAGCACUUCAGAGUUACUUCCAAAAUCGGAACUGCUUACUGCCUAUAAUUUUCUUCCACAAUGUUUUACAAACCGAAUGGCAAGGUACAUACGAACUGAUACCAGUCGUUAUCGAUAAUGUCUUCAACAAAGAUGUAAGACAAUUUCGUCGUAAUGAGGGACUUGAACUGAUUGCCGGUUUUUACCGAGCUCUAAACAGAAACAAACCCAGUCCAGAACUCCUCAAUAAACUAUCUAUGAUAGAAACCCACUUUGAGGAUAAACUAAAGACAGCAUUAAGUGAGGAAGAAUUCGAAGUAAAAAAGAAUUUCUUUGUUGUUCUUCAGAAAUUAAUAAACACAAUGAAAAUGGUCCAUGAAACCUGCAAACAUGAAAGUAGUAUAGAUUUUAAGACUUUAUUAGAGACCGUAGGAUCAAGUAAGAAAACUGUAAAAGCAAAGAAUAAUAAAAAUAAGAAUCCAGUAAUUGAAGUUCAAAAUCAAAAUGGAAAUGCGAAACCAGAUAAAAAGAAGAAGAAACGCAAGUUGAAUAAAAUGAAUGGUCAUGGUGAACCUAAUGUGAAAAGAAUCAGAAAAAGGUCCAGUCAAAGCGAUUGAUGCGUCUGUUACCGAGUCAGCUAUAUUGUAAUUGCUGUUAUUUGGCAAUAAAUUUAUUAUUCAAAAUAUAA